AUGUCAAGCACAACAUUUCGCCUGUUGUCUUUGCUUCUUCCUCUGAUCUCGGCGGUCACCCUGUAUUAUCACCAGUCAGGCCAACUUGGGAGACUCGUCGGGCGAGCAGAUAUCGACAAAGCCAGACUCGUGCGCUGGGAAAACAGUUCGGCGCUCAACAACGAGGACUGCCAAGUCAUCAGGGCCGCCAACGCGUGUGAAGACGUCAAGAUCCAUUUCCCCUCGCACACUGCCUUUCUGGCCUGUGGCGAUCCUGUCGAAAGGACACAUUGGUACCCUUGCGCUGGUGUUCGAACGGUCUCGCUCCGCGCCGAGUCUUCCUUUCGGGAACAUCUGUUCAAGCACGACCUGGAGACUGGCGAGACCACAGAGCUGCGCAUCAAGGGCCUAGAAGGCGAUUUCAUCACGCAUGGUAUCGACAUAUUUCCGCUCCCUGGAGAUUCUUCUCGCAUCCAUAUCUUUGCAGUCAACCAUGCUCGCAGCGGUGACUCGAUCGCCAUAUUCGUCCAUACGCUCGGGUCCGACGUGGUCGAGCUGGUCAAGAACGUCAAGCACGCCAAUGUCAAGACCGCGAACGGCGUCGCCGCAACAGGGCCAUUGGACUUCUUCGUGACCAAUGACCACUAUUUCGCCGGGGGUCUGUUGCGGGCGAUGGAGGAGACGUUCGGGCCGUGGAGCUGGGCUACCCAUGUACAAUACUGCGACGCAGGAGCAGAGGAUGUCGUCUGCAAGCAAGUGUCCGGCACGUUUCCAGGGGCCAAUGGGAUCAACGUAUGGAAAGAUCGUCUCUAUGUCGGCGACUCGAAGAACGGAACCGUCACUGUGUUCGAGAUACACGGAGACAAGAGUUUGACCCGUUUGCAGACCGUUGAUCUGGGAGCCGCCGCAGACAACAUCAACAUCAUACCAAGCACGGGCGAUCUCAUCGUCGCAGUCUUCCCCACGCUCGAAGACCUCCCGGCUUACCUCCAAAACGUCCGAUCCCUGGGCAAGGACUUCCUGGUCCCAGCAGCAGCGCUGCGCCUCCGUCGAGAAAACGACUACACCCCGGAGCUGAUCUACUUUGACAACGGGUCGACACUCAGUUUCAUGACGGCGGCACAUGUGUUCAAUGGCCUGUUCAUUGGCGCCAGCGUUCUCCAGUUCGGCGGGUUUGCCGUCUGCAAAGCCUCACCGGGUGCAUUUGCGUAG